AUGCACGCGGUCGCACGACGUCGUCGACGGCAGACUUCUGCCCGCGAGAGCGGCAGUCGUCGUGCGACACCCGGUACGCAUUCGGCCGUCGCCAUACCUCGCUUCACGAAGGUGUGCGUUGGCAUUGCGGACCGAUCGGGGCGCGUGCCAAAGCGGAGUGUGACAUUGGCACGCUUCCAUCGUCCCGUCCGAGACUCCACACUCCGCGUUUCGCGCUCCACGGUGCGGUGGGCCUCCAUGGCUCUGGGUGUGGGUUCCCGGGAGUUCGCGGAGAUCAUCGAACGGAUCGGGUGCAUGCACAUGCCCGCGAUUCGCAUCGCGGAAGAACGCGACGAGCGAGAGCGCGGGCCGGAGAACGGGAGAGGGAUCCUCGCUUCUCGAUCCGCUCCCUCGUCGUUCCGCGCCCUCGAGGAGGGACGAGAAGAUCACGGUGCGGUUCUGGAUCGGCUGAGGUCUCGCUGCACUUCGCGUCAAAUCGAACCCUGCGAGAUCUCCACCCCUCCCCCCGUCCCCGCGAGGGGUAGCCUAAAGACGAGGAGCCCGGCGAUGCGGACGAACCUGAAGCAGGAGUUGAUGAGGCAACAGGCCGUGGAGUUGGAAAAGAAAGAACGGGAGAGCCGGAGUCGAGGAUUCCGAGAGCAAGAGGCAUCGCAACCGUCGCUUCUCCACAUCCCCUCCUCCCUUCCUCGACGAGUCCUUCAAGUGAGGACGAGGCUGGAGAAUCCGACCAAGUAUCACGUGUUGGAGAGCCAGAAGAGGCAGGUGUUGGAAUAUCUUCAACACGACUCGGGGAUCGGCACGUCCAAGACGACGACGACGGCGACGAGGGGAAAUGUGAGUCCCGGGACGGGAAAAUUCCGUGUACGAUCCCGUAUGAUAAUGGCCCGGAGUCACUGCCUGCAUGAUGACGGAUCCGAGAUCUCCGAUCCCCCGUCCUCUCCCCCUCUCUCUCUCUUUCUUCUCUUCGUGUUUGUGGACAUCGGAUCGGAUUCGGAAGCUGGCCUCGUCCUGCCCAGGAUCUCGAGUGAAUGA